UUCAAACAGUUGAGCAUUGACUUGAACCACAGUACACAGUAUGUGCAGGGACUGGCCUUGUGCACCCUGGGCUGCAUGGGCUCAUCCGAAAUGUGCCGUGACUUAGCUGGAGAAGUGGAGAAACUCCUCAAAACGUCAAACUCCUAUCUGAGGAAAAAGGCAGCUCUGUGUGCAGUUCACGUCAUCCGCAAAGUCCCGGAGCUGAUGGAGAUGUUCCUGCCAGCAACAAAAAACCUGCUCGGCGAGAAAAAUCAUGGAGUUCUCCACACGUCUGUUGUUCUGCUCACUGAAAUGUGUGAGCGAAGUCCUGACAUGCUCUCUCACUUCAGGAAGCUGCAGGUGUGGUUAUCUCACUGGGAGAUGAAUACGGGUUCUUCCUCUCGGUGUAUCUGCUUCUACUUUUCCCACCCCCAGCCUGAUCUACUGUGCCAGCACGCCCACCUCUCAUGCUCAUAACCGUAACAUUAUGUUAAGCUCUUCUCUGAAAGUGACUUUUUUUCCAAUUCCCCCCUAACAUCUACUUCAUAUUUUUUCUGUCAUUUGUCUUUGUUACAAUUCCUGCAUUGUGUUAGAAUGAGAAGGUAAGA